AUGAAAAGAGGUAGAGGUACUAGUAAUAAUAAUCAAAAUAAUAAUAACAAUAAUGUAUCUGAUUAUCAUCUUCAUGCUUCAACUACAACCUCAACAAACAACAGAGGUGGUGGAAACGAUUAUAUGAAGAGAUAUUUAGAACAUGAACAACAACAACAUAAUAAUAAUAAACAACAUCAACAAAAAGGAUCAUCGUUGAUUGGAACAUUAAUAGGUGGAGGAGAUAAACAAGAUUCUUCUUCCUCUUCUUCAAGUACAAAAGAUAACAAAUAUUUACCAGUUUGGAAACAAGAAGUAACAGAUGAAAGAGGUAGAAAGAGAUUUCAUGGUGCAUUUACAGGUGGUUAUUCAGCAGGUUACUUUAAUACAGUUGGUUCAAAAGAGGGAUGGACACCUACAGCAUUCAAAUCAUCAAAGGAUGAUAGAUCAAGCUUUAAACAAUACUCUACAUCUGACUUUAUGGAUGAAGAGGAUCAAAGAGAAUUGGCAAGCAAAGAAUUAAAGACAAAAUCAGAGUUUGAUCUGUUUGGUGGCACUGCUUCAUUUAUGGAUACAUCAUCUGACAGUAAUAAUAAUAAUAAUAAUCAAAAUGAUAAUACUUCAAAACUUUUAUUUGAAGGUGUAUUUAAAGAUAUUGUUAAACCAAAUAGUGAUCCAAUAGGUUUAAAAUUACUUAAAAGAAUGGGAUGGAAGGAAGGACAAACAAGAGUUGUCAAGAAACAUUAUCAAAAGAGAAAACCAAAGAAACAAAUUGUAAUCGUUGAUAAUGAUUUUGGUGUUGGUUUUCAAUCAACUAUAGUUGAUAAACAAGUAGAUGAACAAGAGGAUGAAGAGGAAGAAGAGGAAGUGACUGUAUUAUCAUCAAUUGAAUUUGGUAAAGAGUAUGCCAAAUCAGUAGAAUAUGCACCUAAAAAUGAUUUAUAUGGGGUUGGGUAUGAACCAUCAGCAGAAGUUAAACAAAUGAGACAAAAUAUACAAUCAAUCACAUCAUCUUCACCAAUGACUUUGAAACCAUCAACAAACAAACCUAAACAACAAAUUGGUAAUAGAUUGACAUUUGCAGGAUUGGGAUAUGAUGACGAUGAUGACCAAGAUGAAGACAAUGACAUUUACAACAACACUAAUAAUCUAUUAAGAUAUGAUAAAACAUUGGGUAAAAAUGGUGGUUUAACAAAAACAGGAAAUAAUAAUAAUAAUAAUAACGGUAAUAAUAAUAAUAAUAGAGUAAAUAAUAGUAAUGUAGAUUUUUUGAUGCCAAAAGAUACAAGUGCAAGACAUAGGAAGUGUUCCGAUGGAUCUUUGCCAUUACGUGGAUAUGUGGUAUCACUACAAACAACACUCUCUACCAAAUGGUUUAAACCACCGUCUCUUCCAUCAUCAUAUGUUGAGCAUAGACAUCGAUACACUGCUCCUCUCGACCCGGCAAUCAUCAACAAAAGUUUGCAACUGGUCUCGACCAACACCUUCACAGCCGAUAAACGAUCAAUCAUUUUAGAUGAGGUCAUGUUGACAAGAGACCAACCUAAAAAGCAACAACAACAACAACAACAACAAGGUGGAAUGGUGCCACCUUUAAUUAGAAAUUCAGCACCACUUGCGACGCCAAACCAACAAUUAGAAUCAAUUCAAAAAGCAUUUGCGAGUAGAUUCGUUUCUGCAGAGGAAGGUUUAAAUAUUGCUAAAUCAAAGGAAUUGCCAGACAGCAAAAAAGUAAAACCUAUACGUACCACAUUAACUUGGCGUCCUGAAUCAUUGCUAUCUAAAAGAUUUGGUUUGGUACCUGAUAAUAAUAAUCAACAUAGUAAUAAUAAUAGAUCUGGUUCAUCUCGACGAGAUGAUAAUAAUAAUAAUAAUCAAUUAGAUUGGGAUCUAAAUUUUGAUCAUAAUAAUCAAUCAACAACAACAAAAUCAUCAUCACCGGCAGCAGCAGUGGUACCAAGAGAAGAAUCAUUUAUUCAAGCAGAAAGACCUCCAAUGGAUCUUUUUAAAGCGAUUUUUGAAAGUAAUGAUGAAGAACUAUCUACAAACGAAGAUUUUGAUCCAUUUAAUUUCACAGAGCCAUCUACUACAACAACAACAACAACAACUACCAAUAAUGCAUCUACUUCAAUUUCUACCACAUAUACACCAAUUCACAAGAUUGAACAAGAUAAUUUAUCAAAAUCAACUCAACUUCAAGAUGAUACUGAUGGGGAUCAAGAGGAAUACGAUCCAUUUAAAGAAUUUAAAAAUGAUAACCAUAGUAACAAGGUUAAACAACAACCAAUUGUAAAUAUUCAACUACAACCAAUUAAAACAACAAAUAAUAAUAAUAAUAAUAAUAAUAAUCAACAAGUAGACGAUGAAGAUGAAGAAGAAUAUGACCCAUUUUCAGCAUUUGUGAAACAAAACCAAUCAAACAAACCGAUUACUUUAAAGGUAAAUAAUGGACCCGCAAUGACACCAACCACUAGUACGACUACAACAACAACAAAUCAACCACAAUCCAUUAAAUCAAUUGAUAAAGAUAUUUUAAUGCAGCCUACUGUUCCUCCUCCUCCUUCUCCACAACCACCUUCAUUUAAUCCACUUCCUCUUCCACCACCUCCAAAAGAUCAAGAUCUUGUUGAACAACCAACCUAUUAUAAAGUUAUAAAUAUCAAACCUGCACCUCCGCCAUUAAAAGUCCAACAAUUACAACAACAAAGAAUGGUGAUCGAUGUCGACAGUGAUGUUGUUCCAUUUAAACAAGUGAAAAAGAGAGAAAAGGAAGACCAAUGGGUGGAAUCUAUCAAAAGUUAUUUAUCCAAUUUUAGUGACAGUAGUAGCAGCAGUAGCGAUAGUGAUAGUGACAAUGACAAAAGGAGAAAAGAAAGGAAAAGAGAAAAAAAGGAAAAGAAAAGGGAAAAGAAAGAAAGGAAAAAAGAAAAAAGAAAAAAGGAAAAGAAAGAAAAAGAGAGGGAAAAGGAUAAAAAAAAGAAAUAA